AUGUCCGGUCGACGGAUAAACUACGCUUCGGGUUUAAUUGCGUGGCUUUCGAAACUAAGAGGCGUCCGUCAGUGGCCGAUAUGUAGAGGCGCGCUGUCUCACGGCGGGGCGACCGUCCUGACGGCGGUUGGUGGUCACCAACCGCACCACACUUGCCGUAUCACUACCAGUCAGUACCAGGAAACAAUCGGCUGGCUGUCACAAACCGCAUCGCACUCACCCGAACACUACCACACGAGUUUCCAUGAGAAGAAUCUCCGCAGUACGCGAACUAGAUACCGUAGAGCGAUCGAAAGCAAAUCGCGGCGGCCGAGGCACCGGUACCAGGGCGUCAGCGCCGCGGGCGGUUACGCAACCGAGCGGGCCCACUCUCACUUUCGCGAGCGGGAGGCCGGAGCGAGCUUUGCACUUCUAAUGCCAUCCGCGCCGCUCGCGAUCUAUGAGCGCCUGGACCACGACUUG